GCAGUCAUGGCGAACACCCUGGAGCUGCCUUUCUGCCCGGACCCCCAGCUGACAGAGGUGAUGCGCCUGCGUGUGCAGUCCCUGCAGCAGCGCGGUCAGAAACGUCAGGACGGCGAGCGGCUUCUGCAGCCAAACGAGGCCGUGUACCGCCUGGACUUCACCAAACAGUCGCUGGGCUUCUCCCAUUGGAAGGUGCGCCUGGCCCGGUCGGGCUGCCUCACCAUCACGGCCACGUCGCAGCUGUGGACGCCCGACCUCACCCACCUGAUGACCCGCCAACUCCUGGACCCCCCGGGGGUCUUCUGGAAAGCGGAUGGUGACGCCCACGAGCGGGGCACCAAGUGCUACGAGGCCGACGCUCACGAGUUUGGCGAGCGCAUCGCGGAGAUGGCCAAGGUGAGGAAGGUCAUGUACUUCCUGUUUGCCUUCGGGGAGGGAUGCAGCCCAGAGACGGUGGACUGCUCCAUCACCUUCACGGUGGACACUUAA